AUGUCAGAACCCGACUUGCUGCACCACUACAAGGUGCUCAAACAGUUUCUUGAUAUCCUGGAUGACCUGGGCAGCAGGACAAAGCUGAACCUGCUGCGUGCCAUGCGGGCCAGAGAAAAGCUCCUCAAAUUACUGGGGGCUCAGUUCCGUGAAUUAAGUACCGAUGUCUACGACGAGUUGAAACGUCGAAUUGACGAGUCACAGGCCGAGCCAGACUUUUUGCUUCCCAAGCUGACGUUCCACCCAAAAAGAAACCAGGCCAGACAGAAGCUCUCGCUGUUGCCUCAAACCAGGUUCAAGGACUUGGUGCUGGAUAUCAGCUACGAGAUCUCCAGAAGAAACUUGCACAUCCCGCCCGAGAAGCAGGCGCCACCCCCAUCGGAAACUGCCUCAGACAGGGAUAUCCGCCGCUCUCACGACACUGAGCCUUCUGUUCCUUCCGCCCCCUCGGUGCGCUCAGAUCGCGAUCAGAGCCACCGUAUCGAUGGCCCACAAGAUGUAUCCCAUCUGACCGUGGAUGAGCCUGCCGCCAACUCCACAACGCAAGAUCCGGACAUUCUGCAGCUUUCUCAUGAAGAGAGUAAGCAGACCAUCGCAGUGCAGCCCACGACGGUCAUUCCAACCAAGGCGAACUUGACGUGGUCCAGUGACGAAGAGGAAGAGGACGACCAUAGGGCUAUUAAGGGCGCCGCUGCCGGAGCAGGCGUUGGUGCGGCAGCAGGUAUUGCAGCCAAGAGUCUCAUGUCGAAUGGAAACAGCAAGGAGGUAGAGGAUCUCAAGCUGGCGCUUCAGAAAGCUGAAGAGCGGGCCAGCGAGCUUGAAAGAGCGAACGAGGAGCUUAAGAGCAACCUAGCUACAACUCUAUCUCAGAAAGAUACACUUGAGGCCGAGAACAAACAGCACCUUGCGAGAGGCACCGAUACUAAAGAGCUCAAUACCAAGGAAUUCAAUGCUCUCAAGGACGAAAUUGAGGGCUUGAAGUCUUCCGCUGCGGCAUUGAGGUUGGAGAACCAGGCUUUGAAGAACAAGAAUUGGAAAGACUCUCGUCACCAAUCCCGCGACCUUGCUGCUCUUUCUAGAGAGAACUCGCUGUCUGGCCAAUUGGCUUCGCUGCCAGGCCAGCUGGGAUCUCGUCCUCACUCUGGCUCCCUCAACCAUGCAGUUGACCUCGCUACUAGAGGCUCACCAACUCACUCGCCUUCUAGAAGCAUCGCCUCAAAUCGCUCGGGCCCUGAUGUCAAUAGCGAGUUGAAGAAGCUUCACGAGAAGAUGGCUGCCUUGGACGCGCCACAGAACUUGCCCUCGACAUCGAGAAGAGAGAGUCUGUUGAAGGCAGAGGCAUCGAAGUGGCAACAAAGAUACCAGGAUGUCCAGGCAGGUAUUAUCAAGAACAAUCUUCUAUCAAGCCUGCCUCAAUUGCAGAAGCAUGUGUCGCCUUCGGGCUUAAUACCCUCACAGAAUGCUUCUGAGUUCUUUGCAUCCAUCGAAGCAUUUUUGAUCAGCCUCUAUGAUGACGAGGCAGAUUCAGAGCUUCUCUUUGAAAGAAUUUCCAAUGUCGCCCUUCUAGCGAACAAACUUGCUUCAGUUGGCAAUAAGAGCGCCCUUUAUGAAAACGACCACCUCGCUGUUAAUGUCAGAGAAGCCGCUGGCCAUUCUUUGACUGCCACAAGAUAUUACGGCUCCAACAAGAAAAUCCUUCCUAGAGUCGUUGUCGAGAGAAGCGUCGACGAACUUGCAUUCACAGUGUGUGAUCUUGUCUCCACAUGUAAAUUAUCCGAUGGCACCGUUCCCCAAGAACAACCAAUUCCUGUUCCUGACCAAUCUAAAGAUUCCAAUGAUGCUAUACGACCCCUCAAAAUUGGAAGAUCGACCAACCUCAGUCCUCCAGAGGACAACCACAACUACAACGACCAGUCUCGCGGUUUGAGCCCGAUGGAAGACUUCUCGACACCUAGGCUGCGGGGCUUGUCCGCUGACAAUCUACAGCGUCAAGAAGAUGAGCCUAUAGAUAGCCCCAGUCCAUCCAAGAUUCUUCCAGGAUCAUUGCCAGUAAAUGAAGCUGUCGAGCAGGAGAAUACAAAGAAGGAGGAGCCAGUGAAGAAGUUGACUAUGUUCGAAAGGCUUUCGGGUACGAGGAAGAAGGAGAAUAAUUCAUCCGAACCAGCUCCUCCUCAAGAGUCUGUGAAGCCUAGUGAAUCUACAUCGAACCCCGGCAUCACAAGCAGUGUUGGUACUGGUGCUGUAGCGGCUGGAGCCCUUGGAGCUGCUGCUAUUGGAGCCUCUGCCGUUGGUGCCGCUAGUACCGAUGCUACUCCUAACGGCACCAAUGAUUCAACUACUGCUAGCGAAGCCAAGGACUUCGAGUCGAAGGAUCGCUCUUUGACCGAGUCCAACACGAGUUCCAAACCAGAAAACCUCAUCAAUAAGAAGGUCCCCGAGUCCUCUGAGGGUGGCAGAAGUCCUUCGCAGAACAAGGAAAACUUAGCCCCAUCAACUCCACACUCUGCUUCGAAGACGAAUAUCUUGGAUAAGGUCAGACAAUUCGAGAGUCCAGAGGAAUCGCCUUCAAACAGACUCAUCUCCAAGACGAAAUCUCCCUCUCUGAUGUCGGUCAAGAAUGCGAAGGAACUAUUUACUGAGAAAGCUACCGAAUCAGCAAGCCCAAGCCAGCUGAGCCCAAAUGCAUCUAAAUCUAACGACAAUACCCCAACAAGAAGCAGAAGUCUAUUCCAAACUUUGAGGAACAAAUUCGCUGGUGAGGCAAAGGCUGAAGAGGAAAAGGUGGAUGAAGAUAAAGAGGCCAAGGAGACCGAAAAGCAGACUGUCCAGCCAACCGUUCUCCCGGAAUCAAACGGCAAGCAUGUUGAUGUGAAGGAUAGUGUCACUAAGGCUGCUGUUGGUGCUGCUGCUGGAGCAGCAGCUUAUGUGGGAGCUGAUAAGGUUGCUGACAGCAUCAAGCAGCUGGACGAAAAGUUCACUGACGAUGGUGACUUGAAUAAGGAGCCCGUGGACAAGUUUUCCGACGCACAAGACGACGAAGCAACUCAGAAUGAAGAACCCAUUGUCACCCAGUCUGAAGCAAGAUCCAUAGAUGCCGAUGAAGAGCAGGGUUUGAAACCUAAACCCUCUUUGAAGUCGCUUUCAGGAAAGCUGCCAUCGUUCAAGGUAAAGAAGGUCAAUUACGCUGAACAGCAGGAGGAGCCAGAGGAAGAAUCUGAAGAGGACAGCGACUAUGACGAUCAAGAGGAAGAAGCUAGACAAAGACAGGAGUACAGGAAAUCGAUGGCUGCUGCGACGUUUAACUUCGAUUUGUUCGACAUUGACGACCCUGACAACACAUUGACGCAAGUUUUGCUUUACUUAGAGCACCAAACAGUGCAGGUUAUUUCGACUAUUCAAGACUUGUUGACGGCGAUCAAGAAGCCAGAUGCCACACGUGGUGAGUUGAGAGAGAAUUCCAAGGCUAUAUCGGAGGUGAUCAAACAAAUGGCGGAUGCUACUAAGACGUCUAUGAACCAGACGAGGAAUCAUCAAUUGAAGGAGCACGGUUCUUGGGUGGUGACAAGUUUAGAGGACUGCAACCACCGCAUGAACAACCUCUGCCGUCCUAAUGCGGACAAGAGCGACGAGGAAUUUGCCGACAAGAAUUUCAAACAGCGUCUUGCCGGUAUUUCUUUCGACAUUGCCAAGUGCACCAAGGAGUUGGUCAAGACUGUGGAGGAGGCCAGUCUCAAGGAGGAUAUCGCCCAGCUUGACGCAAGGCUCAACCAGCCUGAUGACGACUUGACUUAA